AUGGGGAUAUGGCGGUCCUCCAUGGUAAAGGGAGGCAACGUGGGGAUCGGGGGAACAGGGGAAGCAGUGGGGCUAGGCGGUUCCCCCAUGGAUAAGUGGAAGCAGCAGGGUGGAUUGGGGGAGCAGGUGGAACAGUGGUGGAUAUGGGGGGUUUUCCCCACGGAUAAAAGGGAAGCAGCAGGGGUGGUUUUCGGUGGAACGGUGGAACGUGGGGGUUGGCGGUUUUUCCCACUGGUAAAGGGGAAGCGCAGGUGGAUUCGGGGAAAAAAGGGGAAAGCGGGUGGUAUGGCGGUUUUCCCAGGGAUAAAGUGGAGGCAGCAUGGGGAUUCGGUGGAACAGGGGGAAGCAGGGUGUUGGCGGUUCCCCAGGAUCAAGUGGAAGCAGCAGUGGGGAUCGGGGGAAACAGGGGGAAAGCAGUGGGGAUAUGGCGGUCCUCCAGGCUCAAGUGGAAGCGCAGUGGGGAUUCGGUGGAAAGGUGGAAAAGCAGGGGUGGCUAUGGCGGUUUUUCACGGAUCAAGUGGAAGCGCAGUGGGGUUUGGGUGGAAAGGUGGAAGCAGUGGGGAUAUGGCGUUCCCUCCACGGUAA